AUGCGUCCGACCCGAAACGACUUUCGCGCGGUAACAUCGCAAAUCAUUAUGAUUGCUAUCCGAAAAGCUUUAGCCAUUCCAAGUGUGGCCAAGGCUAAUAGAGCAUGUAAAAAAUCUUCCCUAAAUUUAUUUUUGUACAAAUUGAUCAAUUUUUCCAGAUGACGUCAACAACGACGGAAAUUAUUGAUUUUAAAAUCUUGACUAAAGAUCCAUGGACGGUCCUGCUGUACAUCUACAACUUUACCGCCGUUUUGACUACAAUUAUCGCUUUCUUAGGAUUUUACCUUAUUCUUCAAAAAUCAACACGCGAAAGUGCUCUUUUCGUUCGGGUACUUCUAGGCUCACAGGUGAGUUUUUUCCUUAUUUAUGCCGUGUUCAAAGUGAUUUCCGCGAAAUGCAAAAUGAUCUCUGACUCUCCAAAACUUAGUGAUCUUUUCCUUUCUCUAACGGGUAUUUUGCAUUUCGCGGAAAUUACUUUGAACACGGCAUUACUUUUUCCCUAAAAAAAUUGACCUCAAAUUUUUUUUUCCGUUGUUUUUCUGAACCAACAUUCGCAUAAAAAUUCACAAAAGUUCCUGAAAUUCGCAAUUUUUAUAAACCCUUCCAAAAUCAUUUCGCAACAAUUAAAACUUGGAAAAUGUAUCUCAAAUCCAUUUUUUCGGAAUUUCCAGGUGAUCAUCUACAUCUCCUGCAUUUAUUGGAGCUUCUUCAUGCAACCCGUAAUUCUACUACCAUUUCCUGGAGGGUAUUCUCUGGGCUUUUUGUGGAACUUUUUGCACGUUUCUUCACAUUUUCAAUUUGUGAGUUAUUGAAUUUCCUUUCUAAAAUGAAAUUUGACGUUUCAGAGUGCCUUCAAUUUUUUGUUCGGGUCAUAUUUUGCAACGGUUAGCGCCUCGAUGUUGGUUCGGCUACGGCUUGUGGCGAGAAAAAAUUAUAUUUUUGACGUUGGUUUGCUUUUUAUCCUGGAAAUUCUAAGUGGUCCCUAGAGGGGCAACCUUACGGUCCUUGAGGGUAGAGUCUUUACCUUCCCCGUUAAGAGGCACCCAAGCUUGGGAAAGUGGUCACUCUAGGAGAGCAUCCUAGUGCUUUUCAUUUUUUUUUUCUAUAUUCCUCUAGGGACCACUCUGGAGUUCCUGAGUAGACAAAGGCAAAGUCGGAAACGAUGGAAAAGGCUCCAUAAAAAUGUGUCUUUUUGGGCCAAUUUAUCGGCUGUUAUGCACCAUUUUUGCUGCCUCUCCCUUUUUCCACCAUUUCUUGAGCCUUUAAAAUUCCAAAAAAAAACCUUUUUGCAACCUUUUUUGAGGCCCCCUUUUAGCGGCCAUUAUUCAACAUUCCAACUUUUCUCGAGAACAUUAGAAAAUCGGAAAAUUCUAUUUUUCACUGAUUUUCAGUUCAAAGACCAACAUUAUAUCGUUUUUUGCUCCAGUGUCUUGUUACUUUUCGCCGUCUACCCUUCGAUAUUAUUCUAUCUUUGCCAAACUUCAAACCGGGACUCUGUCGCCUAUGUUGAAAUAGUUUUUAAAAUUUAAAAAAAUGAAUUUUCUUAUUCUUUUUUCAGAACUACCCACACUUGACGUGGAUUUUCUCGAUUGAAAAUCUGAAAGUUUACAAAUGGAAUAUUUAUUUCCACGUCUAUAUUAUUGGCUUGAUUGUCGGCAUUGCAUUAGCCUCUGUGGUUUUUGAAUUAUUUUUUUAAUCGGAUUACUGGAAAUUUCAGAUAUUCAUAGCGACAGUCGUCGGGAUUCAAUACGAAAUAACUGCACAGGGGCAGCAAUUGAGCUCUAAUAUGAGAAGUUAUCAUAUGAAAACUUUGAGGAACCUUUUCCUCCAGGUUCGGUCUUUUUCAAUCUUUUCCGUGAAUCGUCAUUUUCAUAAAAAGGGACUUCCAAAGGAAAAUCAAUCUAAAACCGUUUAAAAAAAAUAAUCAGUUCGUUUCCUGAAGUGUAGGGUAAAAAAGGAGGAAAAAGGAAAAAAAUAGGGACAAAAAACGGCAUUUUUUCAAAUUUAUCGAUUUAUCAGUUCUGCAACUCAACAUUUUUUUUUUUCGAAAAUUGACUUUUUGAACCAUGACAUCCACCUUAUUUCUCUAGAAUUCUCAAAAACCUGGCCGAGCUCCCCCAAAUUUCAUCAAAAUUUGGAAUCGACUGACUCAAAUUUCACAAUCUCUUUCCACGAGAGUGAAAAGUUAGCCUUUUUUUCCCUUUUUUUUUUUCUCAAAAACCCCUCAGUCCCUGAAGCUCAAGUGGACCCUAAGAGGUCUUUCAAUUUUAAACGGUCAUGCAUUUAGUUUUUCUAAUGGCAGUGCCUUUCGCAUGAAAUUCAUAAAAAUUAUCGACCAGCAAGUCCCCUACAAGGGCCACUAACUAAAACCCCUAUAAAGAUCGCUUUGGAGAUCCUAAGUGAUUUCAAAAAACCCUUUUUUUGAAGACCUCAGUGACGGGACUGUUUUGUGGCGUCGCCCCAAUGAUGCUCGCCUGUUGCGCCGUUGUACCCAACGACACUGAUACUAGAGGUAAAGUAAUCAUUUUCAAUCAAAUGAUCAUCUAAUUAAGUGGUCAUAAUAAUCGCCUGCUCGACUUUCGGCGGCGCCUCCAUCGCCAGCACUUGCUCAAUGAUUGGCCUCAACGAAACCUACCGAUCCUACAUUUUGAAGUUUUUCGCUUCAAAAGUCCACAAAAAAGAAAACAAAACAACCGGAAAUUCGCGCGUCUCACACGUUUUCCUAGUGUGA